AUGGUUUUGUACAUCGUUGUGGAAUUUGCUGUUACAAUGGAAAAAGUCAAAUCUCUGUUAACUAAAGCUUUAGGAGAAAAAGCUACAGAUGACUUUAUAAAAGCUUGUAUGGAAGUUGGUGACACCCAAAUUAUCAAAAAGCGUGUAGCUACCCUAUUAGAUACUCGAAAACCGGAGAAUCGCCAAGUCUAUGAAAUUUUAAUACAAGAAAAAAUACGAAGAAGCGGAUUCACCGGUGAAAGAUAUCGUAAAACUAAUUCAAACCCUAACGCUCCAAGUGACUGUUUAGAUGAAAUCUCGAUUUCAAAAAAGAAUGAUACAGAACAACCAUCAUCUGUACGAUCACAGAAUGUGUCGAAGAAAAAACAGAAAACUAAAUUUUAUCCAUUAUUUUGUGAAGGAGCUCAUAGUGACCAACUUGUUUCCUUGUUUCCUGGUAGACAUCCUUGCCAGUGUUUAGCAACUAAGCAUCAGUUAGUAAAUAACUGUGUCAAUUGUGGUCGUAUUGUCUGUGCACAAGAGGGUUCAGGUCCAUGCUAUUAUUGUGGAAAUCUUGUAUGUACACGAGAAGAACAAGAUCAGAUAGCAAUGAAUACUAAACAAAGUGAAAAGUUGAGAAAUAAACUUAUGCAAGUAGGUUGGGCUGCUGGUACUGAAACUCCAUAUUAUCGAAUUGCCCGCCAAGCUCAGAAACUGCAGAAAAAGGAAGUGAAUACUGAAUUUACAUCGACAGAGGUUACUUCAAAUACUGAACAUGAAGACUCUACCGAUGACGAAGAUAUAAUUACGAAGCCAGUUUCCGGAGCUCAAAUGCGUUUAGAGCAAGGCAAGUUAUUUGGUUACAAUCCCAUUUUUCAAAGUAAUCAUUUCGAUUCUGAACAAAUAAACCGACGCUUGAUAAAUGCUUUAUGCAAUCGUGAUAAACUAUUGGAGUUUGAUUCUACUUGUGCUAAACGAACCAGAGUGAUUGAUGAUGAGUUAGAUUAUUUUGCAACGGAGGGUGGUGCUGGAUCAGCUGCGUGGUUAAGUCCUGAAGUUCGUGAGAGAAUCGCUCAGCGUGUAGCUGAGUUAAGAGCACAAAGACACGCACAUCGUCUACAAAUUUCACGGAUGUGUAUUGAUUUAAAAAACUGUAGUGUCACACAAGAGCUUCCAUUUGACUUUUUGAAUGAGAAUGAAGAUAUUUGCCCAUUUACAAUGACAAAUGAUCUGCAAACAUUAUUGGCCCUAUAUCUCACAAUUCCCUCGUGA